GUCUCGCACUAACUCUCUCUCUUCCCCCAUCGUUUUCAUCCUCAGCGUUAUCUUCAGGCCCAGCUCCCAUGGAGAUUAUUUGCUACUUCUGCCUACCUUCUCCCUCUUCGUCUCCUCGCUUUCGUCUUUAACUUAACCCUUAAGAAAACGCUCUCACUCCCUCUUUUCCUCCUAUAAAUAUUUAAAAUCGAGCUCAGAGAAACGAAGUAAUCUGGCUAAUUUUGCAGCGGAAACGAAAAGGCUGCAGCUUUCUUAACCCGUUUCCAAGUUCCCUUUCCUGUCCGAUAUGUUCUCUUCCUCUCUCUUGAAAUCCAUUUCGGUCAGUGAAGAGGUAGGACCGUUCUUAUUCUUUUUUCUCCUGCUCUUCUCCCGCCUCCUUCGCCUUGCAUUCACAAAUCGCUGAAUCAGAGCAGAAGAGACAUGGGACUGAGCUCGAAGCAAGUUCCAGUAGAUAUCCAUAACUGGCCGCAGGGUGGAUUGGAAUUUCCGAAGCCAAAGGGGCAAGAAGAAAAGAAUAGCGCUCCUCUGCUAAAGUGUCCUCGUUGUGAGUCCACAAACACCAAGUUCUGCUACUACAACAACUACAGCCGCUCGCAGCCGCGCCAUUUUUGCCGUGCUUGCCGCCGCCAUUGGACCGAAGGUGGUACUCUGCGCAACAUACCCAUCGGCGGCAGCCGCAAGAAUAAACGCCGAAAGACUACUCCCACCACCACUUCAUCCGUCAGCACCUCUGCUGCAAAUCCUAUAGCGCCAGUAAUCGAAGAGAUGAAAGGCUCCAUCUUUCCAAAUAUUCUCCGUCAGGCACUGCUCCUCCCUCCGCCGCCGCCGCUGCAAUCGCCGACCAUCGAUGGAUUGAACGGUUUAUUUAGCACUUCGCUGCCAAAUGCUUCUCUAAUGUUUAUGGAAGAUUUGAACGGCAUGAGUUCCGGCUUGGUUUCGCCUUCGUGUUCCUUCUCCUCUCAGUAUAGUUGGAGGGGUGUUCAAGGCGUCGGCGGUGGAUGCAAGGAUGGUCUUUUGGGAACGAUGGAUGCUACAACGGCGAGUACUUGGGAAAUGAAGGAGACGGGUUUUCCGGCCAGCUAUUGGGAUUAUUGGGAUGGUGGCUCCGGCGAUUUGAACGAUGCCGAUGCGGGGGAGGUGGAUCCUCUGCUUCCAUAGUGACGCGCCAAGGCGCCGCCUUUAAGGGUUCGUUUGGAGCCAUGGUCCGAGGUAAAUCCCAGCAUACAAGGUUUUAACCUCGGAUGAUGUAGGGAUAUUAAAAAUACUUUUUUAUCAUUGUUAAAAUGCGGACGGCGAGUCGGCGACCAUUAGUCCGCGACGUCUUGUUUGAAGGCGUAGUUCUCUCUUGCUGUCUUUUGCCCUGAUAAUUGUUGAGGCAAGUGGGUGGCUAAUGAGCUUGGAUUAUGUAGGGUAACUGUGAAAUGAGAUAUUUGCUUGGGGAAAAAAUAUUACCUCAGGAGUACUGAUGCAUCAGU